AUGACUCUGUCAUCCACGACGGUUUCGGAUGCCUCGCCUGCUGUUUCAGACUCAAGCGUUUCGUUGGUUUCGGGUCAAGCCGUUGGCUCUGCACAACAGGGAGCAUCUCCGACGCGUUUGACGCCAGAAUAUGAAUGCGACGUCGUCACCUCUUCUACCGCUCACCGACCUCGCAAUGGCUCAUCUGUGUGGUCCGUGCAGCCUCAGCGCAACAUCAUUUCUGGCGCACCUUCUCGCUCGAAUGACAUGCUCGAAUUAGCGGACCUGCCGGAAUAUCCUGUAUACCGCCGCUUUCUAGCAUCGAUACGGAAGCACUUCCUUCUUCUUCUUGAAAUAGAGAGCCUACAAGCCUUGGAUCCCUCGUCCCUUCACUGUCGACCUUUGACCACGGAGGAGUUAGACGCCUAUCUCAAAGGUCUGCCGGGCUGCAUUCAGAUCUCCGAAGAAUCCUUCCGCUUCGACUUUCAGCUAAGGCGCACGCACCCCUUCAAUUUGAAUGCCUUCGACGUGUUCGCGACCUCUUUUCUCAAGUCUGCCGAGUUUGGUGCAUAUGAUGACCCAACUCCCUUGCCAUCCCGGUUCCUUCAGAAACCCCAGAUUGAACGAGCCAUCUAUAACCACACGAAGUCGGCUAAAUCAAUCUGGUACCGGAAAUUCGUCUUUCCUGAAACUGAAGACGACGUCCAUGAUCGCCUGUCGGCUGCUGCACGGGGCACCAGGAAACGACGUUUGUAUGCGAAGAGAGUCAAUGCCGUGAAAAGGAGGGCUCCUGAACACAUCGAGUUCAUGGCUUCUGCAGGGUCACAGGCAGUUAGUUCAGACGAGUCGUCAGACGAGUUAGUCGAGGGCGCUUUAGGUCAGUUACAGGACAAAACUACUCGAAUCUCCCCUGUCUGGCGAAGUAUCGCCUUUCAGGAAUGGCAACAGUCGCUGGAUGCUCUUGUCGAGCACACGAGUCGUCCCCGAUCGGGAACGCGGCAAAAACCCGGCGCAGGCUCCCGUCAUCGUCAAACUUCCACUAGAGUCAAUCUAUGCGCCGUCGCUCCACGUGGACUCCCGCGCAACUGCUACGAAGCGACGUGGCUGGCGGCGCUCGACCCGGGCGAGAAGGAGAGCCUUCGAGUCCUCGAUGAAGACUACGACCUCAGACCACUGGAAUGUCCUUCACGCCGGCCUUUGUAUAGAAGGGCUCGGAAUGUCCCGCGUUCCCGGAAGCGGCAUGUCUUGCAUGAUGAGCAGAUUCGUAGCAUCACUUGA